AUGUUCAACAUAGAGCGCCACUACGGCGCACACUUGAAAAAAGAAACCAUUCGCUCAGAAUCGUUCCCUUUUGUCCUGGCAGACAGAGAAUUCUCAAAGGCAUGUAAGCAAUCAUUUCCAGCAAUAAAAGGCAUUGAAAGAUCAAAAAUCAAAUAUACAGACUUCUUAAGGAUAAACAAGAUGUUCACAGAGUAUCUGUCAAGGCUUAAAGGCACAAUAAAUCCUGCAAUGUUUGCAAACAAGAUAUACACAUCCGAGCUGACCGGUGCAAAGGUAAAAAUCUCGGAUGGGAGAACUGGAAUAGUUGUUGAGGAAAGAGUAAAUUCACUUGUGAUCGUCUUUAAAAACAACCUGGUAAAAACAUUCAUAAAACGAACAAACAACUUUUCGGUAGAGCAUGAUGGAACAUAUUAUAUCUUUAUUGGAUCAGGUAUGAAAUCAAAUAGAUUCACAAAGAAAUAA